ACUGGAUUUGCAGUCGGUACUCUUGCUAAAGUCCCUCCCCUUCUUAUAUAGCUAGCGAGAUAUUUCCCCACUUUAUAUUUCGUCACAACAUGGCGACGCAUUCUGAUGCCAGGGUCGAUUUAAACCCAGAAAACAACCAGUUUGGUAGCUCUUUCAUGGAGACAGCCGGGGUUUGUGGGAUGCAGGUGGCGUCCCGGGGGCUUUUGGGGAGCAGUUGCUCCCUCCCUGACCUGGACAGCUCCAGCCGUGCUGCACUGGAAGGCCUUGGAGAGUUGUCCAUUGCCUGCUGCAGCGAGGAGUCCAGGGGGGAGACCCCGGGGCGCGAGGACAGCCGUAUCGACCCCCCUGACGGAGAGCUCGACCCUGACGGUGAAAAAACAAAGGAAAAGAAAGGUUUAGGAAAAGAGGUUUUGUUGUUAAUGCAAGCCCUGAACACACUGGCAUCACCGGAGGAGAAACUGGCUGCCUUGUGCAAGAAAUACGCUGACCUGCUGGAGGAGAGCCGGAGCAUGCAGAAGCAGAUGAAGGUGCUGCAGAAGAAGCAGUCUCAGAUCGUCAAGGAGAAGAUCCACCUGCAGGGCGAGCACAGCAAGGCCAUUCUGGCACGCAGCAAGCUGGAGAGCCUGUGCAGGGAGCUGCAGAGACACAACAAGACACUGAAGGAGGAAAAUACCCAGAAAUCCCGGGAGUAUGAGGACAGGCGCAAGGAAGCCACGUUGCACUUUCAGAUGACGCUCAAUGAGAUCGAGGUCCAGAUGGAGCAGCACAACGUGCACAACAGCAAGCUGCGGCAGGAGAACGCCGAGCUUGCCGAAAAGCUGAAGAAACUCAUUGAGCAGUACGAGCUCAGGGAGGAGCACAUAGACAAGGUGUUCAAGCACAAGGAGCUACAGCAGCAACUGGUGGAUGCCAAGCUGCAGAGGACCGCAGAGCUGAUGAGGGAGGUGGAGGAGAAGCACCAGAGGGAAAGGGAUUUUCUCCUUAAGGAAGCUACGGAGUCCAAGCACAAAUGUGAGCUGAUGAAAGAACAGGAAUCCCAGCUCAAACAGCAGCUCUCUCUAUAUAUGGACAAAUUUGAGGAGUUUCAGACAACCCUUGCUAAGAGCAAUGAAGUGUUCACAACUUUCCGGCAAGAAAUGGAGAAGAUGACGAAGAAGAUCAAGAAGCUGGAGAAGGAGCUGAUGCUGUGGCGUACAAAGUGGGAGAACAACAACCAGGCCUUGCUUCAGAUGGCUGAGGAGAAAACUGUGCAAGACAAGCACUACAAGGCCCUCCAGGCAAAACUGGAGAGACUGGAAAACCUGGGUAGGGCCCUACAGAGGGAGCGCAACGACCUCAAUCACACGCUGGAGGGUCUGCAGUGCUCCCCGGUGCAGGGGGCCGGGGCGGGGGAGGGGACUGGGCCCCCUGGCCUCCAGCUGGAGGACCAACCUGACGGGCAGUCCUCUGAAGAGGAAGAGGAAGGGGUAGAGUCUGACAGGGAGGGCGUGGGGCUACAGCCUCCUCCCCCUGUUUCAGAGGGGGGACUCUGCCCAUAACCCUGCCCAGGUACAGCCCCUCGUUGACUGAGCCAGGCCCAGAGGGGCUUUUGUUUGGAGGUAUAUAUAUUUUUGUGUAAUGAUUAAUGAUAAAGUAAGAAGAAUACUUGCAAUAGUGAAUAUAAUAUUUACUCUGUACAUGGUAAAUAUAUGGCUUUGUGGUGAGGAUUUCAUACUCCCGUUUUCUACAUCUGUAUUUUCUUAGGAAACUUAAUGUGGUGAAGGGCAGCUGUGAUGCUUUAGCGUUAGGUUCUUGCUUUGUACUUCUUUUAUUUUUUUUUUUGCGCAUAUCUGCCUCAUUUUUAUGAAUUAUUCUUUCCAAUUGACGAUUCCAAGUCUCGCCACUAAUAUUCAUGUGAAUUAACAUUUCAAAAUCAUUUAAGAAAAGAACGUAUAGGGCUAUAUUUAAUUAGUAUCACUUAAUCUGUUAUGUUGAUGGUAUUUUAACAGAUUUUUCGUAGUAUAGUUUGCUGAGGAUUAGUUCUCAAGGAUUAGAACUCGCACACAGCGUAAGAUUUAAAAUCUUCAUCAUCCUUUGGUUAAAUUUAGAGGAAUGAAUACUUGCUGUUGACCACAGUUCAUGUGUGAUGAUGGUUUACAGCUUGAGCUAAAUGGUACAUUCUCUCUGAUCUCCUCAGAACAGCCUAUCUCAGUGCUGACUGGAUUGUACUGUAGCUUUAACAUUUGUGUUUGGAAAUUUACAGUUUUAUGGAAUACGUACCAGUUAACGUCUUGGCAGAUGCAGUCUAGGUUAGGGUCCUAAUGAAUGUUUUGCAUUCCAAAAUAAUCUUCAGUUUUCAAACAUAUCGCCCUGCUAACUUUGACAGACAGUAGCAUCUCAGUGUAGUGUCAUGUAGUGUCCUUUGUUUCCCUUCUUAAACUUAAGUUGACUAAGAUACUUGUGUAUUUUAAGUGACCUCUUCCUUCUCAUGUCUUUAAUCCAUUAUAUUGGAGAUACAGAAUGUGAUUUCUUUUUUGUACUUUGAAAUGAACACAAAUAAAUUGCAUCUAAUCCA